ACGAUACUGCUGCGCGUUGUAUAUACAAAAACCGGCGCGUUUUACGUUUAAUACAAACCCAUAUAUACACCUACCCCUUGAUAAACGUAGUUCGACGCCAUUGUUACUGAACUUGACGCCGACUUUAUAUUUAAAAUACAACUGUCAGUGAGAUUGUUUACAUUUAAAAAUUAAAAAAUAAACAAAAAAAAAAUUCAUCCAUAUUUUAAUAAUUAUUUUUAUGACAUAUAGUAAACGUUUUUUUGUCAAUAACAAUAGUGAGUUUUUGGAAAUAAUAAUUGAUUAAAUAUUUAUCAAUUUUUUUAACGUGACAUUUAAUUUUUUAUCAUCGUUUUUUUUUGGCUCUUUUUUAUAAUUUAUUUUUCUGUUGGUUUUUUAAGUGGCUUUGCGCUAUUUAUUGUGAAUUAAUUUGUGAUAAAUUUACAAGUAGAUUUUUGUGUUUAUUUAAAACAAGUGUAUAUUAAAAAAGAAAUAUUUUUUUUUUUUUUAAAGCUGGAUACUAGAGGUUGAGGUACAUUGUCCUUUAGGAUUUUCAUGCGCACCAGAGAUCAAGCAACUCCUCCUGUGGUUAUGUCCAGGAUAAAUGUUGUCGAAAAAAUAAUAACACAGUGAGAUUGACAUUAUUAUAUUUUUGAAAAAUAUUAUAAUUGUUUAUAAAAAAAGCUGGGUUAUAUUUACUGAGAGAGAUAAUAUACAAGUGGGAAAUUUUUUGGAGUAAAUAUUGGAAUUUGCCACGAGUUUUUGACAGAAGAUAUUCUUGUUGAGAUUUUUAUUUAAAAUCAUAAAAAUAAUAACGACGUCUAGCCUUGAUUUAUUAUUAUUUAUUUGAGUUAUUAUUAUUUUUUUUCUUUCGUUUAUUAUUGUUGAUUGGAGGUAGUUUUUUAAAUUCAAGUUUUUGUUUUUUGAAUUAAUUUGUUUUUUUUUUUUUUUUGAUUAUUGAAGUAUUAAUUGUGGCAAACUUUGUUUGCAAGUGUCAAGUGGUGAUUCAGUGCAUUAUUAUGUGAUUUGUGAUAUAGGAUUAUCAUUUCGUUAUUAUUGAUUCAAUUAAUAAUUAUUAUUUUAUUAUUAAACCGAGAACCAACUCGGAUACUACUUAAAGGAUGCAGGAACUGGCGUGUCGAGAAGGAACCCUGGUGCUCCUGUUCUUGGCUAUUUUAUCCCUCGCAAACGGUGUGCCAUCUUGUCAAUUUCCUGAAAAAUGGACAGGCCAAUGGUUUCAAUCUGGAAAACCACAGCCAAUUGCAGUAAAUUCAUCGAGCAUAGGAGAAAAAUCAUGUAUUCAAAAAAAUGGUGACAAAUAUGUUGUCUUCGACAACUUAUCUGGAGAGCAUUGUUUCAAAUGUCUCAUAAUCAAUGAUCGCCAUGAAAAUGUCAUCCAGUUUCGUGAAGUUGGUGAUUGUCAUUCGGAGCUUGGACAUAUGGAUGAUAUGUGUGAUGCAACUAGAACAGAUGCUGAUUUAUUUACUAUGUUCAGAUUGAAUCCAAAACCAAUUGCAUGUCCAUUUCUUGGACCACCAUUUACAUUUACAUAUAAUCGUGGCACACAAGAAUGCAAUAAUCCAGUUAGUCAUGCUGAAGGAUGCACUGAUAAUAGUACACUUUUAUUCAAGUAUCAAGCUUGUCCUGAUGUAUCAGCAUCUGAAAGUAACACUGAAGAGCUUCAAUGUUUGGCAACAUGGAAAGAUGGUAGAAAUAAAUAUCUAGUUGGUACUGUCAAGACAUUUGGCAGAAGUUCUGUAACCUACGAAGAAACAUUUAGGUGUUUUUUGUAUGAGACUCAUCAUCAAACUGGCAAGACGACAUAUGUACUGGCACAAUCUGGUGAUUCAACAUGUAGUGCAUUGAACUCUGUUGGCGAAGGUUCUAAACAAAUUAGAUUAACAAAAGGAGAUAAAGAACACAAUAGAUGUAAAUAUCCAACAUGGGUGACUAAACAUCAUGAUUGGCACACCCUUGAUCAUUCAAGAAGUUAUCAUUUUACAACUGGCAAUGCAACAUUACUUGUUAAAGAUAAAUCAGAUAGUAUUAAAUAUUCUGGUAAAGAUAACAGUUAUUCACAAGAGGAAAAAAUUGUUUGUCACAAUUUAGAACCAUUAGAAAGUUUACCUGGAAAAGAAAAAGUUAAACUUGUUGCACAUAUUACAAGGGGCUGUGAUAUUGGCUACGUCUGCAUGAUCUUUCACAAAAGAGAUGGCAAUGUUAUCGAGCUUCAGCAAUCAAGUCGAAAAGCAGUCAUACCAGACGAGGCAUGUAGUCAUCAUGAUCCAUCAGAUUCGUCUUUUACAACAUUGAUUACAUCAUCAAUGGAAAAAAAGGCAUGUCCUCAGCCAGGAAGAUAUACUGUUAAAUCACGUGCAUUAUCAACAUCACCAAGACGUAAACGUGGUAUUAAAAAUAAAGCUAAAAGAGCUGCUGAAAAACGUACAUUUUCAGAGGAUAAUGAGGACAAUGAAUGUAAUGUAUCACAUAUACAAAUUGGAUGUGGUUCUGCUGAUCACAGUGAGAUGGUUAUUGCAAGUAGUUGUCCAAGUGAACAGCUAGUAUAUACUUGUCAUGAUCGUUGGGAAGAAAGUGGUACAUAUUAUACAAUCGUAUCACAAACAAGUAGCAAUGAACAAACACAAGGCUCAGGACAAACAUUUUGUUUUUCAAUGAGAUGGAAUGAUCCAGAACCAAAAUUAUCUGGUAGAGGUGGUCGAAUUGAACAACAAGAACAAGAAUUAUGGCUGUCAAGACCAACACGAGAAUUUCAAACUGGCAGCAAUGAACAAUGGACAUAUAUACUAACAAGUCAAGGUGUCUGUGAAGAUUUGACGAGAGCAAGUGCAGCAUCGUCAUCAUCGUUAUCAAGAGUUUCAUUAGUAUUAUCAGCUGGUGCUGCAAUAUUGUGUAGAUUAUUGUCAAGAUGAUUUGUAGCAAUCAGUGUUAAUGUUUGAAUAUAAAUUUAAACAAACAAACAAACAAUAAUACAUAAAUACACAUGAUCAAUGAAAUUGCAUAUAUUAUUAAUGUGAAAAUAUUGACGAAUAUGAAUGGGUGAGUUUAGUGAGAAUGUUACAAUUGUUUUAUGAUUAAAUACAUAACAAUAUAUUUGAAAAAUAAAAUAUGAUUGAUAGGCAAUGGGGGAGGAUAAUGUAUAAAUGUAAUUGUAAAAUUUUUAUUUUAUUUAUUUUUUUUAUAUUCGUUUGUCAAUUUUUUUUUUUCUUUAAUAUAUAUUUUUUCAAUGAGGAAAAAUAGGUAAUAUUCAUUAAAUUGUCAAUGUUUGUAUUUCGUUGGAUAUAAUCCAGAGAUAAUGACUCAAUUAGUCACCGUAAAACAAACAGCAUAUAUUCAUAAUUUAUUAACAAUAAUUCGAUGUAUUUCGACUUUAAUUUACAAAUAACAAGACUCAUAUCUAAAAUUUUAUCUCCAAUAAAUUUUAUGACAAAUUAAUCAAUUAAUUUACAAAUUAAACUGCCAGAUAACUUGAACAAUUACUCGAGUUAAAUUACAAAAUGAUUAUGACAAGAUAAAUAAUUAAAGAGAAUAUUCAAAAAUUGACGAAAUAAAAUUAAUAAAUAAAAUUGUAAAUAUACGAUCAGGGUACAGGUGAACGACGAUAGUUGAAGAUUUAUAAAAAAUGAUUUAAUAAAAUGUAUAACAUUUUAUUUUAUCAAAAAGAGAAAAAAAAAUUUCUUUGUCGUAACUGAUCGAAAGAUACGACGAAAAUAAAUGAAUAAAAAUUAUUCAAAAUACUAAUUAAAUAUAAAUUAAGAUAAAAUAAUAAAUUAACAAUUAAAUAUUAAUAAAAAAAAGAAAAAAAAAGUAAUCGAAAAAUAAAAAAAAAAAAAAAAACAAUUUUUAUUCACUUAGCUAGUUGCACAUCUGUAUAUAAAUGAUUUAUAUAAUGUAUAAAGACUGUUUUUAAGGGAUUAUAUAUUGAAAGAGGUUUUACGGUUUAUUGGGCGCUAGACUGCGACUCAAAUUGCCACCUAGAUUUAUUAAUAUUAUAUAAUAAAAUGAUAAAAUAAUUAAAAUUUUUAUUUUCAUUUACUUUUUCAUUUAUUUUCAAACAAUAAUUAAUUCUUAACUGGAUUUAAGAUUUUUUGAAGGGCAGGCCAAUGAUGAAGAAACAAUUCGUAGAUAAUUUUUAAAAAUAUUUAAAAUAUUUAAAAAUUGAAAAGAAAAAUUUACUGGUACUUAUGAAUGAAUUGUUGAAUAUCACAGAGGACCAUUUAAAAAAAUUUAUAAUUUAAUUAUUUAUAAUUUAUAUUGAAAUAAAAAAAAAAAAAUAUAUAUGUGAUUUAAAUAAAAAAUAAAUAAAUAUCACAGAGUUUAUUUAAUUGGUUAAAUAUAUUAUUUAAAAUAUUUCGAAUAAAUUUUGCUGAAUUAAAAAAAAUAAACCGGCUAGACUGGUCGACCCAAUGACUAUAUCAAACAAGUUCAUCGGGCAGCUAUAUUAGUUAAGUUAUCUCGCACUAUUUAUUUUUUAAAAAAUAAUAUAAAAUUUAUAAUGAAAAAUAAAACUGGAAUAAUUAUUAUUCCGAUGUCUAAAUUGAUCAAGGCCCCCAAGACGUUUACCAAUCAAUAAAGCUCCGGGAUACAAAAACCCUGAUAAUAAAAAUAUUAAAGGCAUCAGAAAUAUUGUAAAAUUAUGCGUAAAAAAAAAAUUAUUUAAUAAUUAACAAAAGAAAAAGAAAUAAAUGAUUUAAGAAGAUUUAAUUACUUAUUUAAUUGUGGGCCUAUCUUGAUGAAUCAUCGGUAACUCUGUGGUAUACGCCCAAGCACAAAAUAAACAAUUAAUAAAUAUUUAAAAAAAACACAGCCAAAAGUAAUAAAAAUUAUGUGAAAAUAUAUUUAAAACAAACGAUCAACAAAUUAUUAUUUGAUUUUAUUUUCAACUGUACAUACUAGGUAUUUAAAAUGACUGGUUUGUUGUUUGAUAUUCGUCAAGUAUUUAUUGUUUCAAAUUUUGCAUUAUUAUUUACGAAAAUAUUACUUAACAAUACUUUGAAUAAUUUAUUUUUCAAAUAUAUAUAUAUAUUAUUUUUCAAACCGUGAGAAAAUAUAUUUAAAAAAGCCAGCUAACGGAAUUUAUAUAUUUCCAUAUCAUUAGUCGCUUUGAUUAAUAUUAAAUUUUGUAAAUAAAUUGUCAACGCGAGUAUCGAACAAUAAGCCAAACUUACCUGACAAAUAAAAAAUUAAACAAAACACAAUAUUUAAAACCAGAUAAAAAGUCCUGUUAACGAAAAAGAUAAAUAUAAAAUAAACCGAAAAAUUUUUUAGCUAUCUAGUGGAGGUAUAAGUAUAAAAAUAUUAAUAUGUAAAAUAAAAUUUUUAAUAAUGGAACAAGGAAAAAUGAUAAACACAGUGUGUACAAGUUGUGAAAUGUAAAAGAAUAAUUAAAAAAUGUUUAAAAAUAAAUCAGGCAAUGAUUAAAAUGGAGGAUAACAUAAAAAAAAAAUGAAUUGAUUGAUUGAUCAUUAUAAGGAUCGAGUGUACAAGGAGUAUAUAUAUAAAAAAAAAAAUAUAUACAUAUAUAUAUUUUUCGUUUUAUCACUGUGAUGAUUAUUAAUAUAAAUAUUAGUAGAUAAGGCAAUUUGAGUGUUGUUUUUUCUUGCCACUUGUAUAGUUAAAAAUAAAUAAAAUAAAUAUAAAAUAAAUCACGAUUAAAUAAUAAAUAAAACGAGAAAAAACAUUGAUUUAAAUUUUAAAUUUUCAACUAAUUAUCCUUAAGGGUUUUGGGGCUUAAAA